CUUUUCUACUAAUAGAAAGAGGUGUAGGCUAACACUGCCGAUGCCGUGUGGCAGUGGUGGUUAACCAUGCACUAAUUGUGAACUUAGGAUUGAACCAGCAGUAUUUCGAGACCGUGUAAGGGAAAGGAUACAGGAAAUCGACAAUUGACCAGCUGAAUAUAGCGCGAUUGGAUGCUCAGCUUAGAAGCAUUACGUCCAAAAGAUUAGCUGUGUGAUAGGACGCCCACCCAGACCAAAAAGACAAGUGUUCACCGAUUUGUUUACGAUUCGAAUGACUGGGUACCAUGAAUAGCUCGUGCACAAUGUGGUUUGAGGUGAUGACCCUCGUAAGCGAACAGUUACUGGGUGAAAAGUAUAAAUACAAGCUUGAAGUCCCAGGCUGUCACUGUCAACAUUUCCUUCGCAUCACCCUUUUAAGUCCAGAGUAACAAAUAUCUUCUCUUGAAGUCCGCCGCAGCUAUGGCUUUCCUUGAUGCGACGCAGUGUGAUGCUGUCGACUUCCCGCCUGGUCUUAACAGGGCUUGUGAAGAAGCUGAAGUGCCGAUCAAUGGAUCUUCGAAUGUCAAUAUACCAGUCCUUGGGCUUGCGGAGAUUAUUCUCAGACUACAAGUUGAAGCUAGUCAAGCCAAAUAUAAGAAUUUUCGAUCGAUGUACUCUAGCGUCGUCGGUGCUAUUACAACAGAUGUUGCAGCUAUGGUCGUACCACUUGAUGAUCAUAUGGUGCACAGAGGUCAUUCUGUUUUCGAUACUACUACCCUUGUUAACGGGAAUCUUUACGAGCUUGACACUCAUCUGGAUCGCUUUCUUGAUUCAGCUGCAAAAGCGAAGAUUUUACCACCCUUCAAUCGGGCAAUGAUACGAGAGAUCCUAAUGCAAACUGUGGCAGCCGGUAGCUGUAAAGAUGGGACUCUACGGUUCUGGCUGUCGGCCGGACGAGGGAAUUUUGAAUUGUCUACUAAGAACUGCGAGGCAUCACUUUAUGCCUGUCUAUUGGAGAGAAGCCCUAUCCAAAACAUCAGCGAUGAAAAAGUGGCUCCACUCAAGGUGGUCACCUCUACUGUGCCUAUCAAACCCAAAAUGUUUGCUACUAUGAAAACCACGAACUACCUCCCAAAUGCAUUAGCCUUGCGAGAGGCAGAGGAGAAAGGCGCACAAGCUGGCAUUUGGUUGGACGAGGAAGGCAACGUAGCUGAGGGGAAUAAUUUGAACGUUGGAUUUAUAUCUGAGGGCGAACUACUGCUUCCUCCAUUUGAUUCAAUACUACCAGGGUGCACAGCAAGACGACUGCUGAAGCUUGUACCGGAGCUGGUGAAGAAGAACAUCAUACCGGGACUGAAGGGUGUGACGUUGGCUAAGAUUUCACUUGCAGAAGCUAAGAAGUCUGCAGAAAUGAUGCUCUUGGGUAGUUUUGUGACGGUCUUACCUAUUGUGGAAUGGGAUGGAAAACCAGUUGGAAACGGAAAGCCAGGUCGUAUUUCAUUGGCCUUACGCCAGUGCUUGCAGCAAUGUAUGUUGACAGCACCGUCUGAUCUGCUUACCCCUGUGCCCCAUAUACCAAGUGCACAUUCAACUCCUUCGAAUGCAUCAGUUGCGAGUAGCUACUCGAAAAUGUCUGGGCCUGCAGAUCACCCAUCCAAAUGCACCGUCCUCCAGGAACCUUCUUCUGUGCUCGCCGGCUCUGAAGUUGAUAUCAAGAUAAAGCGCCAGAGAAUCCCUGAACAGAUGCUGCCUGGCCUGAAUAGGCUUGCGAAUUAUCCCAUUGCUGGCACAUGAUCAAACCAAUUUUCUUUUGUAUAACAACUUUGGUUUUGCAUAUUUAAUCCUAGCAAAGCAUUUCUUUUAGGUAUACCCGGAUUUGAAUAAUUCUUUGUACCAGUAAAGAUUGGCAGAUGGUAGAAUUAGCCUCACGUGUAAAUACAGUGAUUGAAUCGAUUCUCUGAUUUUUUUGUGAUGAUCACGAUACAGUCAACAUUGAAGCAUUCAGAAAAUGAAUAAGCGUCUGAAUGACAUUAUUUUUUGUAUUUAUAUCUUUAAUAACAACAUACACCAAUUUUUAUUA